UUAGAUUAUUAUGUGAUAUUUGUUCCUACAAUCAAAAUAAUGGAUUGCAUGUUCUUGAAUAAAGAUGAUUCAUAGUUACAGAGUAACUAAUCAGAACAGCUUUAAGUAAAGGCGAUUCGCGAUCUAAUUGGCUGCGCCAUAUUGUUAUUUUGUCCAAUAAAACGCGAUGCAUUUCUAUUCGAGUUCUCCAUCUACAUUUUUGUUGUUAAAUAUGACGUUUCGUAUCGGCCAAUCGACGAAAGGCAUUUUAUUUCGAAAAACCGUUUGAGUUUGAGAGGAAGUUGCAGAGCUGUCCAACUUUUGACACUAUUAUUUCGUUAAACGAUUUGGGAUUGAAAAGUAUCGACUGUGAAAACUAGACAGAAAACUUAAAAUGGACAAAGAAAAUAACACACAGUUAACAACAUACGCAUUGAAAGUCGGCAGUUUUAAGGAUUUGUGUAUUUCUAAAGCUCCAACAGAUAAUGUCAAAAAUAUAAGAGAGGAUGACAAGAAAACGAUAACACAAACGUAUGAAACUAGCUCGGUAAAAACUACAGACCUAGAAAAAAAUGAUAUUGUGAAGAAAUCUGGAGAAAAUAAGACACACCAGUUAACUACACAAGCAUUGAAAGUCAGUAAUUUUAAGGGUUUACAUAUUUCUAAAGCUCUAACAGAUAAUGUAAAAAAUAUAAAAAAUGAUGACGAGCAAAAAAUGACAGAAACAUGUAAAAGUAGUUCAACAAGUACUACAGACCUAGAAAAAAAUGUGAAAAAAGCUGAAGAAUCAAUACCACCGCCCAAGUUAGCAACAAUACCUAAAUCAAUCUCUACACAAGACCAACAAAAAUCUAAUAAUGAAGAAGUAAGGGAUAACAAAUGUAAAGAUGUCCAGAAAGUCUCCAGUUCAGAUACAGCUAAAACAAAUAAGGAAAAUCAAAAGAUGAAAUGGGUGUUAGGAGAUUUUGAUAUUGGUCGACCUUUGGGCAAAGGAAAAUUUGGUAAUGUGUAUUUAGCCAGAGAAAAGAGGACGAGAUUUAUAGUAGCCAUGAAGGUGCUCUUUAGAUCACAAAUAUCAGAUGCAAACAUUACACAUCAAGUAAUAAGGGAAAUAGAAAUUCAAACUCAUUUAAGGCAUCCAAAUAUUUUAAGGAUGUAUGCAUAUUUUUAUGACGACAAGAGAAUUUAUUUGAUAUUAGAAUUUGCACCAAGAGGAGAGCUUUAUAAAGAAUUAAAUAAACAACCCAAUAAACGAUUUGAUGAAGUAAGAACAGCGAAUUAUAUAGCUCAAUUAGCAGAUGCAUUAAAAUAUUGUCAUAGUAAGGGCGUUAUACAUCGUGAUAUUAAACCAGAAAAUUUACUCCUGGGAUUGAAUGGUGAAUUAAAAGUAGCUGAUUUUGGAUGGUCUGUACAUGCUCCUUCUUCUCGACGAAACACUUUAUGUGGCACUUUAGAUUAUUUACCACCUGAAAUGGUAUCUGGCAAAACACAUAAUCACACAGUUGACUAUUGGAGUGUUGGAGUAUUAUGUUAUGAAUUCUUAGUUGGUAAACCUCCUUUCUUUGCAACAACUAAUGAUGAAACUUAUGCAAAUAUUAAAAAAUUACGAUACACAUUUCCAAGUUUUGUUAGUGAAGAGGCAAGAGAUUUAAUUUCAAAACUAAUAGUUAUUGAUCGAAAAAGAUUGAAUAUGGAUGGCGUUCUUACACAUCCUUGGAUUAUAAAAAAUCGUGAAAAGGGGAAGGCAUAAAUAAAAUUAAUUAUAUAAAUCAAUUGUAUAAAUCGUAGUAUAUUUUAAAUCAUAUCAUUAUAUAAAUGUUAUAAUUCUGAAUGCAACUGCAACUAUUACCACAGAAAAUUACUAACAAAUAAUUUUUUACAUACAUAGACCAUAUUAUGCAUUAUAUAAUAAUUCUUUCAUAUAUAUGUCUAUAUAAAUGGUUAGGGUACUUUUCAAUUUAGUAAGUUUUAGUCUAUAAUUUUUAUUUAAAAUGAUUUAUUUAUGCGACAAAGAUAUCAAUAACCUUAACCUAUUUUUUAUAAUUGUUUGGCACCUGUUUCCUAUUUUUAAUCAAAUAGACUGAAUUGCUAUGAAUC